UUUGUCUUUAUUAAGUAUUCAAGCUUAUGACAACGACGUAGAAUUCAAUUUGUCAUUAAAGUUACAAGAUCCCAAAAGAUAUUAAUCCCGGACAUCAAAAUGAAUAAUUUAAUUAACAAAUUAAUAAUAUCGCUGGUAAUAUUCUCCAGCAUUUUAUUCGUCGAUUCUCACUCGAUUGAUAAACGCUCACUGUCAACUAAAGGCGUCAUAAUUGGACCAGAUACUCCAGUUUACUAUUUAGAAUAUCCACAUGAUAAAUAUCUAAGAGUUAUUCGCGAUGUGAAUAAAUUUGAAGCAUCUCCUUCUUACAACUACUAUCGUAAUCCGGAAAACGAAUUCAACAAUACAUUUUUUCCGAAGGUAUUAAUAGUCCUUGAAUGGUAUGAUGGAAACAGCACCCGAGAGCAAGAUAUUCUUAAUGAAGUAUUGACGGAAUGGAAUAAAGUAGAUACAUAUUUUGAACAACUUGAUUAUCCCAAAAUAAAGUUGGCUAUCGCUGGAGUCGUCAUACCAACAAGAUCAGAUUUUUGGGACACAACGAUAUUUAAUCAGCAAAUGAUAUACCCUUAUAAGCCUAAGUUUCGAAGUACUAUGCAUCAGUACUGCUACCGUAUUCCUAAUUAUCCAACUUUUAUGGCCGAAUUUUUCAGAAAUAAUACUGAUCAGUUCGAAAGUUUCGAUUACGAUUUUUUUAUAUUAAUGACGCACCGAAAAUUAGAUACGUUGUGGACAUUUGAUAAUUUCCAUUAUACUUACAUCACGCAUGUCAUGUUUGAUUGUGAUACUAAGAAUGGCAACUCUUAUCGUUUAUCAGGAAAAUUCGUGAAGAAAGAUGAACAUUUUAGUUAUGUUGCUGCCAAUACUGUCGCUGCCAUAAUUGGAGAUUAUGAAAAUGGGGAUAAGAAUUGUGGUGAAACUAGGAUUACCGAUUGGGAGUGGUAUCGGAAAAAUGUUACUUUGAUCGAAUGUUCUAAAAGCAUCUUUAGACCAAUGGUCAACAAUGCCAGAUACACUUGUUUGGAUCAAAUACCUUAUGGUCGAUAUGAAGACGAUUACUCAUAAUUUAAUUAAAACUUCAAAUAAAAUUUUUAACUUUAAAAAAAAUUGUAUAAAUUUCAAUGAAUAAUCAUUUCCAAA